UAACCCCUUAAGCUGUAUGAUCAAUCUCUCCAGACCAUUACGGUUACAAUUUUCAAUAAUAACCCCCAAAACUUUACAGGAUAAUAAUAGUAGAGACUUUGGAAGUCUCUUAAAAAAAAACAGAGGUAAAUCUCAUCCAAAUUUACCCACAGCAAAAAACGGUAAUAAUAAUAAAAAAAGGCUCAAGUCCCAUAGAUCCCUAGUAAUGCUUGCAUCAUCAAAGGAAGAACGAAGAGUACACCUGUCUCCUCCCCCUUGCAGGGGGGAGGAAAAAAAAAACAAGCUCUGAGCCAAGCAAAUACCUCGUUUUUUCUUCACACUCUUCUCACUCUACUCCCCCCCCCUCUCCUCCGCUUUCCUCUCUGUCCCUACUCAUCCCCACAUUUUGUCUUUGCUGUCACGAGCCAAACGAACGUUCCAUCUCACCUCAACUCCUAUUCCUCCCUCUCCAACUAGAAACACUCCCCUUAUCUCCUCCCCAGCAUUCUCCUGUUCCUAACAAGCAUUUCCAAUGGCCUCCCUCUCCGCUACUCCCCCCUCCACCUCUUCUCACCUCAAACGGAGACCACGUCUAAACUCAAUCCUCAACCUCAUCUCCACUGUCAACCACCACAUCCAACAGUUCCUCUCCGACCCCCUCGCUCGAAAAUCCCUCCACCUCCAAUGCACCGCAGGCAUCACCGCCGAAGCCGCCACCUCAUUCGAAUUCUCCGACCACUCGGUCCUCUCGAACCUCUACUGGGGAAUCAAGAGCCUCGAGCUCGCGGUACAGGCAAAGAAACCCGAAGACAGGGCCCCCCACCUUCAAAGCUCUGAGAAGAUGCUGCAGAUACCCGCGCAGUUGGACGAAGAUGGGAGUACCCUUGGCGUUGGGAAUGAGUACAUAGUUUGUUGCACGUAUUUUUAUCUUUGCUUGGUUAGGAAGCUUAGAGGGGAUGAGUGGCAGAUGACAACACACUUUUUACAGUGUGUGCUCGCUUCGCCAAGUACUGUUAGAUUGGAAUUUGCACCCGAGCUGUGGAGGAGCAUGUUUCGACCAAUGGUGACUGAUGAAAAGGCGAGGCAAAAGGCGAGGAGGUAUAAGGAUUGGUUAAUGUAUUAUCAGGUGGUCUCAUAUGGGGAAGCACCUCCGUGGAACGAAGAGGGAAUGAUGAAUAGUCAGUAUAGAAAUUUCAGAAGUCGCAGGCGUUUGGGAACAGUCGCGCGAGAACUUAAGUGGACAAUACUUCAGGACGAUAAAAUGGUUACCACACUUGAAAAUCAAGAUAAUGUCAAGAGAGAGAAGACAAAGGUCCCUGCCCCCAGUCCAGAGGAAUAUGAAAACUCUGCCGAACCAAGGGAUGGAAAAGCUUUGCUUACAUACUUGGAUGAGGAAUUUGAUCCAGAAAUCAAUGAGAGCUUCGAUAUCAGAUGCCUCCAAGAUAUGCUAGAGGACUCCCAGUCAGAUUCCCAGACUGAUUCUGAAGAUUCAGAGGCUAAAGUACAUCAAGAAAAGGAGAUCGCAGCAAAGGCUUUGCAAGAAAAUGAAGAUAUUUUAACAUCCAAUAUUGGUGAAAGGAAAUAUUUACCUGAAAACACAGUUUCAGAUACAUCUAGAUGGCCAAUGCAAGCACAGAACUGCAAAGCAAAUACUAGCUGCCUAUUACCUAGCAGAUCUUAUAGUACAGUCAGCAACUUAAAUUUCUCAAUUUUGGAUCUAAAGGGAAUGGAAUCAAACGCCUCCUCAAGAUACUACAUAGAAGAAGAAAUCUCGCCUGGAAAACCAUCAACACAUGAAAUCAGAUGUUUCCGAAGUUUCUCAUCUAAGUUUCGGAAAAAACACAGCCUACAUGAACUAGUUCACCACGGAAAUUUUGCAAGGAAAAGAAUAAAUGUUUCAAGCAAUGAUAAAGACUGGAGCGACGAAAGUUCUACUUACGAAAAAGAAUCGCAAAUUGAACUUUUGGGUAAGUUUGAGAAGGCAGUUUCAAGCCUAUGCAUCACAGAUGGUACAGGAUGUGGAACGGAUGGUGAUUUAGAGGUUAGAACUCUAUGGGAAUUGCUGAACAAUAAAACCGAAGUGAAAUAUAGUUCAGUGAAGCAAGAAAUCUUUGACCAACUGAUGACCAUGAUUUCAACUUCCAGAAAAGAGAAAGUUAUAAGGGCUUCAGUGUCUAUAAUGUCUGUUCUAAUAUCAGAAGACAAAACUAUAGUAGAGGGAAUCAAAAGAAAAGAUUUGCAUCUGUAUUACCUAGCCAGUGCAUUAAAGAAAAAUGUACAUGAGGCUGCUAUUGUUAUAUACAUGUUGAAUCCAUCACCUUCUGAGAUAAAAAGUUUGGAACUUUUACCAGCUCUGGUGGAGGUUGCUUGCAACUCAAAUAGUCAAAAAAAGGAAUCAAUCUCACUUCCUUUGACACCUACGGCAGCAUCAAUAGCUAUGAUUGAAAUUCUAGUAACUUCAUUUGAUUAUGUCACGAAUAACAUACACUUGGCAGCUAUUAGUUCUCCUAAGAUUCUCUCCAAAUUUGUAAAUGUUGCAAUGAACAAAAACUUGGAAGAAGGGACAGCCUUGACAGCUAUUUUUGUGAGGUGUAUGCGUCUCAAUGGGAACUGCAAGAAGUUUUUAUCUCAAAUUACUCCUGUUGACCCUUUCCUCCAUCUUUUAAGAAGUAAUGAAAGCCGUGCCAAAUCAGCAGCACUCGAAUAUUUUCAUGAGAUUCUUCGUAUUCCAAGGUCAUCAGCCAUUCAUCUGCUCCAUCGGAUACGACAGCAGGGAGGGGCCAGUAUAAUGCAUACGUUAAUGAACUGUGUGCAACAAGCUGAACUCAAGCAUCGAAUUUUGGCAGCAAAUCUUCUGUUUCAUCUGGACAUUCUGGUAGGAUCAAAUUCUAAGAGAAGGUUCAGAGAAGAGGCAAUGCAGGUCCUAUUAGAAACAGUCACUUGUGAAGAUAACUCCAACGCACAGUUACUAUCAGCAUUAAUUCUUUCAAAUGUUGGAGGAACAUAUUCUUGGACAGGAGAAUCAUAUACUGCUGCUUGGUUAGCAAAGAAAACGGGGUUGACGUCUGCACAUCACAAGAAUAUGUUCAGAAAUAUUGACUGGUUUGACCCUUGUUUACAGGAUUCUGAAAUCUGUGCAUGGAGUUCGAAGGUUGCAAGAGCAGUGAUCAAAUUUGGGACUUCUGUCUUCAAUUCUCUAGGAAAGGGAAUUCGAAGCAAUACAAAGAGUGUUCAACGUGAAUGUCUCAUAGCUAUUGCAUGGCUUGGAAAUGAAAUGGCACUUAUUGGUCAAAGUAACCUCAGAUAUUCUGCUUGUGAAAUUUUGUUGAAUGAAGUAGCAUCAUUUCUCCAUCCAGGUUCAGAGCUUGAGGAGAGAGUGCUAGCAUGUUUGUGCGUGUACAAUUACACUUCUGGGAAAGCCAAGCAGAAAUUACUGAACUUUUCAGAGGGUUUACGAGAAUCACUUAGACGCCUUUCUGGUGUCACUUGGAUGGCUGAGGAAUUACUAAAUGUAACAGAGUUUUUCCUUCCCAACCAACCGCGCGUGUCAUGUGUACACACACAAAGUCUGGAGAUAGGUCAAAGUGGUAAUGGAGCUGUAACUGCGCUCAUCUUCUACAAGGGGCAGCUCCAUGCUGGAUACUCUGAUGGUUCAAUUAAGGUAUGGGACAUCAAAGGACAAAGAACAAUUCUUGUGUGGGAAGUCAAGGAGCACAAAAGGCCUGUGACUUGCUUUGCACUUUCAAACCAAGGGGAUAGCCUCUUAAGUGGAUCCGUGGACAAAACUAUCAGGGUGUGGAAAAUGAUGAACAAAAAAUUGGAAUGUGUUGAAGUGAUACACAUGAAGGAAUCCAUUCAAAAAGUAGCCUCUUAUGGUGAAAAAAUCUUUGUGGUCACACAAAGUAAAGGCCUUAAGGUCUGGGAUUCAUCAAGAAGAAUUCAGAUUAUUUGCAAAAACAAACACGUGAAAAGCUUAGAUGUAGCUCAGGGGAAGGUUUACAUUGGUUUUACAGAUUCAAGCAUGCAGGAAGUAGAUAUAACUGAGGACCAUAAGAUAGAGAUAAGGGCACCAGAAAACAGCUGGAGAAGGAAAAACAAACCAAUAAAUUCAACAAUUGUGUAUAAAGGUUGGUUAUAUUGUGCAGGUGCGGUUGUUGAGGGAUCAAGUAUAAAGGAAUGGAGAAGGCACAGAAAGCCUCGGUUUUCAAUAACAAUGUCAAGAGGAACAAAAGUGCGGGCAAUGGCGGUGGUUGAGGACUUCAUUUACCUGAACUGUAGUUCAUCUCCAAGUAUAAUUCAGAUUUGGUUAAGAGAACACCAGCAGAAGCUAGGCAGAUUAUCAGUUGGUAGCAAGAUAACAAGCCUCCUCACAGCAAAUGAUAUUGUUUUAUGUGGCAGCGAAGCUGGGUUGAUCAAGGGCUGGAUUCCUCUCUAGAAGAACAGAAGGCAACAGCACAACUGCAAGCCAAAGUGUUGUUAAUAUAUUUUUAUAACUUGUAAAAUAUAUAAAAUGGGCCACUUCACCUUAACGAGACAGGAGAUUUACUUACCAAAGAGCAAAUAAUAAAAUAAAUUAUAGCCUGUAUGUUAAAAUAAAAACUUCUGUCAAGUAUUCAAAUCUAAAUGUACGUAGCUAGCACUAUAGAACU